AAGUUUCUAGAAGAUCAUUCCCCCAUCACUGCGUACCUUAUACGUUCUUCUUCCCCGAAACCAUUCUACUUCUUUCCCCCCCAUUUCUCUCAUCGCACGGUGAAAAUCGAGAAAUCGCCGAUCUUUGAUUCGAUCGGGAAGCUUCUCUGAUCACCGGCGGUCAACGCCGCGGACAACAGAUGUUUGCUUGAAGAACCUCUUCUCGCCGCGCAUCUUUGCCUCUCUCCUCCGGCUUUUUUACUCGACAAGCGAGAUCUGUUUCCACGACUAAAGGGAGGAUGUCGACUCCAGCAAGGAAGAGGUUGAUGAGGGAUUUCAAGAGGUUGCAGCAAGACCCACCUGCGGGUAUUAGUGGUGCUCCACAAGACAAUAACAUUAUGCUCUGGAAUGCUGUCAUAUUUGGGCCUGAUGACACACCAUGGGAUGGAGGUACUUUCAAACUCUCACUGCAGUUUUCGGAAGAUUAUCCAAAUAAACCACCAACAGUUCGGUUUGUGUCACGGAUGUUCCAUCCAAAUAUUUAUGCAGAUGGGAGUAUUUGCUUGGACAUUCUACAAAACCAGUGGAGUCCAAUAUAUGAUGUUGCUGCUAUACUUACCUCCAUCCAAUCCUUGCUCUGCGACCCUAAUCCGAAUUCUCCUGCAAACUCGGAAGCCGCUCGGAUGUACAGCGAAAGCAAGCGUGAGUACAACAGAAGAGUUCGUGAUGUUGUUGAGCAAAGCUGGACUGCUGACUAAUAGUAGUUAGUUGUAAGCUUUGUUAGCUCUCUCUCCUUUCUCUGUUUCACUCAAUGUCACCAUUCAGCAACAGCUUCUUUCUGUUUUCAAUUAUGUGUGUGUUUCCAAAACUCUUUAAGUGAUUCGAUGCUUUGAUGGUUGGUUCUAUGUAAUCCAACAUCCUUAAAAAACAACUUUGUACCAAACCAACUAAAUUAUUCACUUUUGUGUAUAUAUGUAUUACGUUUUUCUUGCUA